AUGGCUAAUCUUAGAACACAGAAGAGACUCGCAGCCAGCGUUGUUGGUGUCGGAAAGAGAAAGAUCUGGUUAGAUCCUAAUGAGACCAGCGAAAUCGCUAGUGCUAACUCCCGUCAAGCCAUCAGAAAAUUGUAUCGUAAUGGAACCAUUGUCAAGAAGCCAUCUAUAGUUCACUCUAGAUCCAGAGCAAGAGCACUUGCUGAAUCAAAGAGAAUGGGUAGACACACUGGUUACGGUAAGAGAAAGGGUACCAAAGAAGCACGUAUGCCAUCUCAAGUUUUGUGGAUGAGAAGAUUGAGAGUUUUGAGAAGACUUUUAGCUAAGUACAGAGAUGCUGGUAAGAUCGACAGACACUUAUACCACAGCUUGUACAAGGCUUCCAAGGGUAACACUUUCAAGCACAAGAGAGCAUUGGUUGAGCAUGUCAUCCAAGCCAAGGCAGAAGCACAAAGAGAAAAGGCUUUGAAGGACGAAGCUGAGGCCAGAAGAUUGAGAAACAGAGCAGCCAGAGAAAGAAGACAACAAAGAAUUGCCGAGAAGAGAGAGGCAUUUUUGGAGUAA